ACAGCGCCCGCCGCGCCAGCUCGGCUGUGUCCCGGACUGAAUGUGGGGAGUGCCGGCUAUGAGGAUCACUCCGCACGCAAUGAAGUCUUGCGGACGCCGCGCGCCAUUUUGGGUGACAGAGGCCUGCGGAGCGGCGGGUGGUGAGGCGGGCCGUGGGACGGAAAGUGUUUAUCAUGUUGGGCUCUGGGUUCAAGGCAGAGCGUUUGCGAGUCAACCUGCGCCUUGUCAUCAAUCGCCUCAAACUACUGGAGAAAAAAAAGACUGAGUUGGCCCAGAAGGCAAGGAAGGAGAUUGCAGAUUACUUGGCAGCUGGAAAAGAUGAGCGUGCCAGGAUUCGUGUGGAGCACAUCAUCCGUGAAGAUUACCUUGUGGAGGCCAUGGAGAUCUUGGAGCUGUACUGUGAUCUGCUGCUUGCCCGCUUUGGCUUGAUCCAGUCCAUGAAGGAGCUGGACUCUGGCCUGGCAGAGGCAGUAUCGACACUGAUUUGGGCUGCUCCACGUCUCCAGUCGGAAGUGGCUGAGUUGAAGAUUGUUGCUGAUCAAUUGUGUGCUAAGUACAGCAAGGAGUAUGGGAAGCUGUGCCGGACAAACCAGAUUGGAACAGUCAACGACAGGCUGAUGCACAAGUUGAGCGUGGAAGCACCACCCAAGAUCCUGGUGGAGAGAUACCUCAUUGAGAUUGCAAAAAACUACAAUGUGCCCUAUGAGCCUGAUUCAGUGGUGAUGGCUGAAGCUCCAGCAGGCGGAGAAGCAGAUCUAAUUGAUGUGGGGUUCACGGAUGAUGUGAAGAAGGGUGGCCAUGGAGGGGGUGGAGGUGGUGGAUUUACAGCCCCAAUGAUAGGUCAUGAUGGGUUAGUACCCAUGCCCGUGAUGAUGCCUAUGCCCGUGCCGACAACAAAUCCACCCUUCUCCUAUCCACCUUCAAAGGGACCGGAGAACUUCAGUGGCCUGCCAGUGGGGACCUACCAGCCUUUCACUAACAUCCACCCACCACCAAUUCCGGCAAACCCACCCACAUACGAGUCCAUUGAUGAGCCUAACACUGAAAAGGACGCUGCUGCACUAGUGCCUGGGCCUGAGACCAAGCCAGAAGCUUCUCCUAAACCAAGUGCUGGAGCUCCUAAUACCUUUGAUAACUUUGUGCUGCCAGAAUUGCCAUCUGUGCCAGACACACUGCCAACAGCAUCUGCUGGCAUCAGCUCUUCUGCCUCAGAAGACAUUGACUUCGAUGAUCUUUCACGGAGGUUUGAGGAGCUGAAGAAGAAAACGUAAAACUUCCUGGGCUGCAGGAAGGAGGGGAAGGAGCUGACAUCUUCUCUCUGAAACGGACUCCCUUUGAAAUUGGCUUCCUGUAUUAACCUCCAAUGAAUAUACUCUUUAAGCCUUCUUCCUGCUGUACUUACA